AUGAAUAAUGAUUCGGAUACUGAGUCCGUUAGCUUCUGUGAUAAAUUGACCAUCAAUGAUAUUGCAGAUGUAUUUGAAUUAGUCAAAAGGCAUAGUGGAAAACAUGCAUCCAGUUGUUAUGAUGCAUUUCCUGAACUUGAAUUGUUAGCUAAAUUUAUAGAUGACCAAUUUUAUUUAUUAACGAAUACAGAAAAUGAUUCAAAUGAUUCAUUUGUUCGUUCGGUAGCAUCUUGCCAUUUGAACUUUCGAAGAUGCGGUGCUCGUUAUGAAUCCAAUUCACAGCGAUCCUACUUCGAAGGUCACGAACGACAGGAUGUUGUACAACAUCGUGAGAAAUUUGUGCAACAUUAUAUCGAAUUAAAAGAUUUAUAUUACUCAAUCACUGAACGUGAAAAUCCAAGAUGGCAAAUGCCAACAACGAAAACACCAAUCAUUUACCCUGUAGGUUACGAUAUGCCAAACGUAGUUUGA